AAUGUUCCAUGGUUCCAUCUUCCCAAGCUUUCCUUAUAUUUGCCAAAUCUGUCAAUUAGUAUUUGUCGAUGUUGGAUGUGAUUAAUUUUCUAACAUUUCUUUAAGGCUUUCUACAUACAAGUUCAAAAUUUAUUUUUGAGUACUACUUGAGAAAUUAUAUGCAUAUAAUUGAAAUUAUCAAUGUCUAAACAUCGUACAGGAAAUAAAAGUGGAAAGUACAGAACUCAGAAAUCACAAAUAUUUCAAAGUCCAAAAAAUGGUAUAAUCAGAAAAAGCGUAAAAAAUAGGCAAGCAUCCGCUAAAGGAAGAAUGCGGAACAGUAGGAAACUCCAAGAUGCUCGGCAAAAAAUUCUAUUAAAGAAGAAAAAGACUGUCACUGAUGCUAGGGAUAUAUUAACAAAAAUGGCCAAAUCUCAAGAUGCUCGCACAAAAAUCAAUAAGAUACGUGAUGAUAGAAGUGGUCCAUCAACAAGUGAAAAUGUUAAAGUAAUUGGAAAGAAUAUACUGAAGAAAACUGAUCGAAAUGGAAAAAUCAGUUUAGUUACCAACAAAGCUCGACAGAAAUUAGAUAUCAAUUUUGCUAUUCAAAAGCAACUUGGUUUACUUCCUAACAACAGGUCACCUCCUAAGAGACCUGUUCCCAAAAGAAAUGCAGCAGUAAAUACUGUAAGGUCACCUAGCAGUAUCCGUAAGUCUGUUAUAAAUGACACUGUGGAUUCUUUAAGGGAAUAUGAUCCGAGUUUAUACAGAUGGACAAGACCAGAGUCAAGAAAUCGUGCUGCUAUUGAAUUGAAUAAUUCACUAGAAGCUACAAGACAAGUUAUGAGAGAAGCUCUAAGAGAAGAGUUAAGUAAUGGAUGGCCCACUUUUGCAUCACACAACUCAUAUCAAAAAAUGUCUGGAAUAUAUGCUAAAGGUCCUCUUCGCUCUACUCAUGCACCUAUAAGAUCUACUUCUCGUCUACAAACAGGUACAUAUAUAGAUCUGGCCAAUGUAGAAGAUGAAGAAAUGCCUUUGGCACCACUGCCCCCUGCAAGGCCUAUCACUGUGUCACUACAAGGAACUUCUCGUGUCACUAAUGUUCAUUCACGAUUGGAUGAUUCUGUACCUCCUGAAUCCCAUGGCAUUUUUUCCACAGCUAAAACUAAAGUUGUUGUACCUGCUGGUCAUAGAAUCGUUGUAUCUAACUUACAGCCUACAGUUACACAAGAUGACAUUAAAGAACUUUUUGAAGAUAUAGGCCAACUAUUAACAGCAAAAUUAGUUAGACCCGGUGUGGCUGAAGUUAUAUAUAAAAAUUUGAAGGAUGCUCAAAAGGCAGUUGAUACUUAUCAUAAUCGACAACUUGAUGGUCAACCGAUGAAAUGUUUAUUAGUAAAUAAAAGGCCUCUCAAUUAUCCUACUGCACCACCUCUGACAAAAAAUGAACUGUUUAUGAAAGACCGUAUUGGCCUACUAUGAAAACAAAAAAUCCGUAAAACAAAAUUGAUGUAAGUUUGUUGACGUUGUUGUUUUAUUUUUUGUUUUCAGAAGCGUGACAACAAGAAAAGGGGGCGAAGUACCGUCAUCUCCGCCUAAUAAUAAGUUAGUACCAGAUAUUAAUACUAUACAUAAAGUUCUUUUUCAUAAGAAAUAGGAGUAAUUAAGUUAUGUGUUUAUUUUUUUUAAUCGUUGCGGCAUGUCUUUUAGUAUAUGCUCGUAAUAUACAAUAUAAUAUUUGUAUAAACUCUUUAUUCACUUAUAUUUUGAGGAUUGAACGUAAAUAAUUAAUUUUUCAAUAAUUAUACCUUUCUGACUUGUUGAAAAUAUUUCCUUGAAUGAGCAUACAAAUGAAAAAAAUAAUUCGAAUAUGCAGUUCAAAUGUUGAACAAAUAAUUUCAUUUUUAUCUAAUCGCUUUAUGUAAUUAGUUAAUAACGAAAUGGAAACAUAAAGCAUUAAAAAUAUUGAGUUUUGAUAAAAAUGAAGAAUGGUCAAUUGAUAAAGGUGUAAUUUGUAAGAAUUAUGAGUUAUAAAAACAAUAUGAGAUGUAUGUGUUUGAAAUAACGAAAAAAAAAUGAAUACAUGUUAAUGUUUUGAUAGUCGACACCACGAUCUAUUCCAGGGGUGGCCAAGCUCCUUGAUAGUCCGAGUCUUUUUUCAAAAUUUGAAAUGUUUCACGAACCGCAAUUAAAAAUGUAUGCAAAAAGGGUAUUAUUCUUUCUUUUUUACAGAAAUUAUGUUUAUUGAAAACAUAUAAAUAAAAGUACAAAAUGUUUGUAUUGAAUUUAAAAGUUAAACAUAUUUAUUUUACUUCUUUUGAUAAUUUUUUAAAAUUUGUGAAAGCACUUCGCAAUAAUUCUUUCAGAUGCUGCUUUGUUAAUACUGAUCGGUGUUUGGAUUUCACGAAUUUUAAAGUAGAAUAAAAUGAUUUACAUAAGUACGUUCCGAAUAUUGAAAUAAUUCGACAAGCAGCCUUUUUUAAUUCAGGAUACUUCGAUUCUGGUAUAAAUUUCCAAAAUUCAAUAAUCGGCGUCGACUUAUAUUUUAAUUGUAGAGCUUAAUUUUCUUGCAUCUCUACUAAUUCUAAUUCUCCAGAUGCUUUUUGGGUCAUAAUUAUAUUGAAAAUGGAAAACUCAUCUUGAAUUAUGUUAAUUUCAAAUGGAUUUAGAAAAAAAAUCAAGAGACGAUUUCAAAAUUUUCAAGUCUUGAAAUCUGUUUGGGAAUUCCGUCAAUAUUCCUUCUAGCUGUUUUAUAUACUCGUUGAGUGUUUCUUGUUUAUUAUUGGAACAGUUUUUUAAUUCGAGGAAAGUGGCAAAAUGUUUUAUUUUUAAUGUCCUUUUGAAAAAGUCGUAAUUUAGUUUGAAAUCUAAUUAUACACUGUGAGAAGUCAGAUAUUAUUCUAUCUUUCCCCUGCAAUUGUAAAUUGAGUGAUUGCAAAUGUUCCAUGACAUCAGUGAAAAACAUUAAGUCUUGUCAUCGUCUAAUUCGGAAUAGGUUUUUCCUUUCCUUUUCUUUUAGAAAUGCAGUUAUCGGAUCAAACAAAUCUACAAAUCGAUUUAAUACGUUGUAGCUAGAUAACCAUCUAACAAUGCAAAAGAAAUUAAUGUCAUUUGGAUGUUCUUCGUUUUUUAAUUCAAGGAAAUUUUUGAAUUGUCGAUGAUUUUUUGCAUUAGUGCGAAUGUAAUUUACAACGUGUAACACUGUUUUCAUAACAUCAGGAUAUUUUAAAUAUUUUGCAACGAGAUGUUCUCGGUGAAUUAUGCAGUGAAUCGGUAUGAAUUGUGAAAUUUGAGAAUCAUCUCAACCCAAUAAGACCAACAUUUUAACACAGCAUUGCCGGAGCUCCAUCAGUUGCAAGGCUUACAAGUUUAUCAAGAGGCAAAUCAAAAUUUUUCAAUAUGGAAUCUAAUGCAUUUUUGAUAUCGACGCGCGUUGUCUCUUGAAGUGCUACUAAAUCUAACAAUUCUUCUUUGACAACGAAAUCAGCUGAAACAAAACGUAUGAAAACUGCCUAUUGUGGAAGAUCUGUGAUAUCUGUCGAUUCAUCAAGGGUUAAGCUAAAUGCAAUACAGUUCUUCAAAUCAUUUUUUAAAUUAUAUUCAAGAGAUGUAUUAAUUGCAGUUAUGCGUCGUUCGGUUGUAUGUCUCGAAAUGGGAAUCUGCGAAAUAACUAUUUUCAAUGCUGCAUUAUUUGGAUCUAAAACUUUAACUACAUUUUCUAAGUUUUUUUUUUAAUAAACUCCCCUCCCCUCUCCAUACGGGCGUUUUUCACGAGCAAUAUUCCAGGCAAUAACAAAAAUGGCUUCAUCCACAUUAUUAGCUACUAAAGGUCGUCAAAAUUGACUGUUGUUUAUUUAAAUUUUAAAGAAGCAAGUUUGUGUCUAAUCUUAAUUUAGAAUUUGGUGGAUACUGAUUAGAAAACUGAGGAUGAUUGGUUUCAUAAUGUCGACGUAAAUUGCAAGCUUUAUAAUUUUUGACCAUAGAAUUACAAAUAACACAUAAUGCUUUUCCAUUAUUGGCAAGAAAAAAGAAAUUCUCUCGAGACCCACAAAUAAUCCUUCAAAGAGCCGCAUGUGGCUCGCGAGCCACAGAUUGGCCAUCCCUGAUCUAUUCAAUUUUAUCAUUUGUUCUCACCAAAUUGUAUUCUAUUCUUUUGCAAUAUCUUAAGCUUAAUAGAUUUUGCAAUUUUCAACUGUUUUAAUGCAAUAAAUUAAAUUAUUCUGUAA